AUGUCUCCGAUAUUCUCCAGCGACCCGGCCAUCUUCACACGCGAUAGCGGCGCCAACAGCGGCAAUGCCAUCCCGGACGACCCCCCAGACUCCUCAUCCUGGCUCACCCCCGGCGCAGGGCUAACCCCGGAGGAAAGCGACCAGGCGCCGGCGCUACGGAUUUUCAUCGUGACAGUGGGCGUGCUGGCCGUGUACAACGCGGCCGAGAUAGCCUGCAUGGCCCUCCUCACCUUUAAGCACUACCGCGGGCUGUACUUCUACUCGGUGAUCAUCUCGGGACUGGCCAUCAUCCCCUACACGAUCGGCUUCGCCCUCGACCUGCUGGACGUCGCGACGGGCCGCGCCCGCUGGGCCGCCGUCACACUCAUCACCAUCGGCUGGUGGCCCAUGAUAACGGGCCAGUCGGUCGUGCUGUGGUCGCGCCUGCACCUGAUCGUGCCCAAGGGCCCGCGCGGCGAGCGCAUCGUGCGCUGGACCGGGUGGAUGAUCGUCGUCGACGCGGUGAUUUUCCACUUGCCUACCACGGUGUUCACAUACGGGUCGUCGGUGGCGGGCCCAUCGGCCGGCGUAUUCGCGCAUGGGUAUGAUGUUAUGGAAAAGAUCCAGAUGAGCGGCUUCUUCUGCCAGGAGGUGGUGCUGUCUUCGAUCUAUGUCGUCGAGACGUUCCGAAUCCUGCGAACGAGUCUGCAGCCUGACACGCGGACUACGAUGCGGCAGCUGCUGGCUAUUAAUGCGGUAAUUAUUGCGAUGGACCUAGGACUUUUGGGGCUGGAGGCUGCGAGCUUCUAUAUACUUGAGACGAUGCUCAAAGGCGUUGUGUAUUCCAUCAAGCUCAAGCUUGAGUUUGCUAUCCUUGGCAAGCUGGUCAGUUUCGUUGGGGGUGGGCAGCGCGCUGUCGGAGGGGAUUACCAGGGUGGAAGUGAGUACGACCCUCGAAAGUACUCUGUGGGCUUUGUGUCAACCACUACGGCGCCGAAUUGUCGGAAGAGACGCGACCGCCGCGAAGAGGACGAUGAGGUGAUGCUGGGGAAUAUGGAUCAUAUCAGUGAGUUUGUGGAUCUGGACAGGGUCGCGGGUGAUGUCACCCGCCCGUCGAGAAGUACCGAUUCUGGUCAUAGAAGCAGGGGAGGAGUUUCUGGGUUGGACGAUGAUGAGCAUGACUUUGCUAGGUUCGAGUAUGUUGAGGACGUCACCACGUUACGGGACAGCCUGGUUGGUGCUUCCACGAUGAGCAUCAGAAUGGACACAUUCAGCACGACCUUCUUCGUUCAAGCCUUGCUCGACAAAGAUACACUGUGCCGACAUCGCGGUAAUAGUUCGGCCCAGGCUGCCAACCUGUCUGUUCCAGCUGAAAAUAUCGAGAAACUACCUGGUGUCACUAUUUCGUCUCCUCAACUCCAACAUAUUUAUGAAGCAAAGCUUGAGCUGAACCUUUCUGUUCCCUCCAUGACCACUCUCUUCCAUCCUGAGCAGAUACUCAUCGGGCAGGUCGGCAGAUACAAGAUCGUAACACAAUUACAGAACGCAAUCUGGCUUGCCAGAAACGAGUCUCAUAAGGACGUUAUCAUAAAGAGUGUACAAGACCAUCCGUGCGUGGCUAAUGAGCGCGAUGUGCUCAAAUUGUUCACACCGCGGUCCAAGUUCAUCCGGCCGCUGCUGGAUGAGAUAGUCGACCCUGCCGAGCCCACGACGAUUGUCCUCAGUCACUUGCGAUCGACACUCCUACAAGCUUCUGUCCGACAGAAGCUUACCCAUACAGAAAUCAAGUAUGCAUGCCGCGGUGUUUUGGAGGCCUUGGUGGUGAUGCACAGCGAAGGUUAUGUACACGCAGACGUGAAAGCGGAUAAUGUCUUGGUCAACCUUGACGUGAGACCACAUCAAAGCAAUCGCUUCACAGAUGUGCAAUUGGCAGACAUGGGAAAUUCAUAUCCACAGACCCAUGAGUACUCUUUUCGGAGCGAGCCUAUUGGAGCACCAAUGUGGUCCAGCCCUGAAGUCCUGAUGCACAUGUCUUGGGAUACAAAGACGGAUAUAUGGUCUUUCGGAACACUGCUGAUCAGUUUAAUAUACGGUGGCGACUUCAAUAUAUUUGAUUCCAAAGAUACGCCUACCGAUCCGAUCGACGACUACAAGUUCGCUGUCCUGCGGAGACAGGUUGAGAUAUUCGGCCCUUUCCCGUCAAAUACCAGGAAAUUGCCAACAAGCAUGUCAUGGAGCUUGUUGUCUGGAUGUUGGAGAAUCUGA